UUGCAAUUAAAAUUCCUACCCACGUGGCACACAGCUAGCUAGCUAGAAAUCAUGGAAAUGGAUGAGCAAGAGAUCAAGGAAGGACUUAGUGUGAAGAGAAUAUUAGCCCAGUUCAAAAAUGAUGAAGGCCAACUGGUUGGCACACCUCUGGAUCUACCAAUCGACAUAACACCAGAGUCACUGGCCAUUCUCUGCAACGUUGUGCUGCAAGAUGCGGAUGGCAAUGCAUACGAGUUUUAUGUGGAUGAUAUUGAGAUCCGUGGCUCCCUGUCCAAGACGCUGGAGAGCAUUGGCAAAGAGGAGAGGGAAAAGAUGUUGGAGAUACUCUAUCAGCCGCAAGACAAGUUUAAAGUCAAGGCUGUCACCAGAUGCUCCAGCAGCAUACCAGGUCACGGUGAGGCUGUAAUUGCAGUGUGCUUCAGUCCUGACGGCCGUCAGCUGGCCAGUGGGUCGGGGGACAUGACAGUCAGGUUCUGGGACGUCUUUACAGAGACACCACUGCACACAUGCAAGGCACACACUCACUGGGUGCUCUGCAUAGCAUGGUCACCAGACAGUAGGAAACUAGCUUCAGGCUGUAAAAAUGGCCAGGUUUGUAUUUGGGACCCAGUCACUGGGAAGCAGAUGGGUCACACUCUGAUAGGCCACAAGCAAUGGAUAACAUGGCUCACUUGGGAACCACUGCACCUAGACCCUGAAUGUCAGCUGCUUGCGAGUGGCUCUAAGGACGGAACAGUGAGAAUAUGGAACGUAGCUCUGUAUAAGACCACCCUCAUCUUGUCAGGCCACACUCACAGUGUGACCUGCAUCUUGUGGGGAGGGGAAGGUCUGCUAUUCUCUGCAUCACAGGACAGAACCAUCAAAGUCUGGAGAGCUAAAGAUGGUGUCCUGUGUCGAACUCUCCAGGGUCACGGUCACUGGGUGAACACCAUGGCACUGAGCACAGACUAUGCACUGAGAACAGGAGCGUUUGAUCCGGCUGACAGGGCAUUGGAGCACAUUGGCAUACAGGGAAUGUCAUCUGCGGAGUUGAAAACUAGAGCGCUGGCAAGAUACAACUCACUAAAGGGCACUGAGCCUGAAAGAAUGGUGUCAGGGUCUGACGACUUUACACUAUUUCUGUGGCAACCAGGAGAGAGCAAGAAGCACCUAGCUAGAAUGACAGGCCACCAACAGCUGAUUAACGAGGUGUGCUUUUCUCCCAAUGGGAGACUGAUAGCGAGUGCCUCAUUUGACAAGUCAGUAAAAUUAUGGGACGGAAAGACAGGAAAGUUUUUGUCUAGUCUAAGAGGUCAUGUCAGUGCAGUGUAUCAGAUUGCUUGGUCAGCAGACAGUCGACUUCUGUGCAGUGGCAGCUCUGACAGUACACUAAAGGUGUGGAAUAUUCGAGAGAGGAAAUUACUAAUGGAUCUGCCCGGUCACGCAGACGAGGUGUUUUCUGUAGAUUGGAGUCCUGACGGUGAGAAAGUGGCCAGCGGAGGACGUGACAAAGUACUCAAAUUAUGGAGAAGAUGAUGCAUUUAAUGUCCGAACUGCUGACAGUGUACGUCUUAUUAUGUAUAAUUGUGUUCAUUUUUAAGAUAAUUUCUCACUUUAUGACUUGUAUGUUUAUUUACAUGAAGUGUACCAAAUUAUGCAGUAUGUAAAAGGGCUCGUACCUCGAUCAUGGUGUUCUUGUAGCAUG